AUGGCUGACCGCCGUCCGGGUCUCGCACGACGACUGCUGGCUGCCUUUGACCGCGAAGAACAGGGCCUGCACCCGAUCCCUCAGGGCCAUUCCCACCAGGCCAACCCUCCCUACGAUGUCCCCCUGCCCAACGCCAAAACCCUCGCCAUCGCCACCACCCAAGCCGGCUCGCUCAUUCCCCCCGAUGACAAACUCCUCGUCUUCCGCGCCCUCACCGGCAUCGACAGCAUCCCCGCCCUCACCACCCUGCACCACUUCCGCCGCACCGCCCCCAACAUCGGCAUCUACACGCGCGUCGUCCGCGCCGAACAAGCCGCCGCCACGCGCUACCGCUUCUUCAGCAUCCUGAUCAACGUCUGUCUGGGCAUCCAGAUUGUCGUGGCCGCUGCCCUAACCGCCCUGGGGGCCGCCAGUGGUCCCCACUCCGCCGUCACGGCCUUUGGCGCCAUCAACACCAUCAUGGCCGGCGUACUCACCUACCUCAAGGGCUCCGGCCUCCCCGACCGUCUCAAACACUACCAGAACGAAUGGCGCAAUAUCCGCGAAUACAUCGAGCAGCGCGAACGCGAACUCUGUCUCGACGGCUCCACCCUCGACAUCCAGGAGGAAAUCCAAUUCAUCGAAUACAUGUACGAGGGGGUGAAACGGGAAAUCGAAGCCACGAAAAGCGGCGAGAAUCGGUCCUCGCCCCGCGAAGGAUACAAUCGACGGGCCUUUCUCCCGCAAUCCUCUCAGCCGUCGUCGUCGCGAUAUUCCAUCUCGACGGCCGAGCCGCGGCCCACGGCCACCCCGGUCCGGAGUCCGGAUCGUGUCUUGGAUAAGCAUUACUAGCG